UAAUAAUUUAAGUUAGGUAGGUAAUCAUGGGGCUGUCAAAUCAAGCUAACUCUUGGCUUAGCCAUAUCCAAGCUUCUCCUAGGCUCAGAAAAUCCUGGAUACUUCUGCCUAGUCUUCCUUCACUCAUUUUUUUAGACCAGUGAUGAACUACCAUAAGUGAAUAACACUUGAUAUCAAAGGAACAAAUGGAGAAAAGGGGUAUUCAGUCAAAAAUUGCAGAAAUCAUUACAGGAGCUGAGAUAGGAGCAAAUCAAUUUAAAGGCUACAGAGAUUCAGGCAGAUUCCCAAAAACCGAUGCUUUUUCGAGGCAAACAAUGGAAUUGAAGAAGUUGACUUGAACUACUCAUCCAAGCAGAUUCUCCUCAAAGAAAGUUUCUCAAGAAAGGAGCCCUCUUUUGAGAAGCACGAAGGAAAAUUUUCUCAAUGGCUGAAACAUUAACAAAUUAUUCAACUCAGUCAAGAAGAUCAAUUAUCAGUUUGCCGAAUCUGACUCUAAAUAAGAUUUCAAUAUUAGGGAGCAGAUCUCUCAAGGCAUCGAUUUGGAGCCCCCCACUGGAUGAAACAGAAGAAAUGCAGACUGGGUUCUUGAGAAUCAUCUCCGAUGACCUUCCUCAGAAAACACCCCAUCAGAUGCAAAAAUUCAACGCCCAGCAAGAAGAGAGGAAGAGGAAUAUAGAGAGGAGGUUCAGAAACAGCGAUCUUCGAGGUUACAAAUUCAUGAAAUAAGGAUGAAGAUUUUAAGACACCUCAAAGUGGCAAGAAUAAGCGUAAAACCUCCAGUAAUCUGUUGAGGUUGUCGUAUUUGUACAAGAAGCUGAACAUCAUGAAUGUUUCAGAUAAGAAGUCUAAGAGGAACAUCUCUAACCAGCUCAAUACUGAGAUUAAAGACCCAAGGAAGGCCGACUUCGGCUUUGGAUUCAAUGGUGUCAAGCACGAGUAUAGUACCAAAAGUGAUACUAGCACUGAGAUUAAGCUCAAGUUUAACCAAGUGUGGGGUGAAGAGAGCAAGAUAGAAAAGCCUCCUUCCCAAUCAUCCAAGACCACUAAAAACAUAAAAAAUGUGAAAAAUCUGAUAAAAUCCCACCCUAAAAACCCGAAAAACCCUCAAAAACCCAAAACAAAGUCCAACUACAUCGGCUAUCUCCAAAAAGUGCUCCCUGUCUACAAACUGAAGUGCCCUCUCUACUUCAACUCAAAUCCCAAAAUCUCCGCCCAGUCACGCUACAGUGCAAGUAAAGGAAGGAAGAAAGAACCCAAGCAGCAGAAGAAGGAGAUUUCUUACUGCUCCAGCAGGGAGAAUCUUAAGGGGAAUUAUGUGUUUAGUAAGGAACCAAGCAGGCAGAAGGAAGCCAACCAGAAGCUGAAUGGGGCUAGGAUGAGGCAUACUAGGAAUAAUGCAGAGGCGUAUACGAGUAUUCAGAAGAGAGAGAUAUGUUACUUUGAACAGUCCAGACAGUCAGGGGUGACUGGGGAUAAGAGGAAGAGUAAGAAGUUUAAGACAUUGAAUACGGCGAGAUGAGAUCCUUCUAAAUUUCCACUUCGAGAAGAAUCUUUUAGCUUUAUGAGCAAGGAGAAGGAAAAAUUAGAGAGUAUAAAUCAUCAGAGAGUUAAGAAGAGUGAAUAUAAGGGAAAACAAAGGAAAUAAUGCUCAGCCAUCAUGGUCUUACCAUAGUUUAAAGAACUCUGGAUUCCAAGAUAGUAUCUCAAAAGCUCUCACAAAAGAGUCUCAAAAGGACUUUUCACAUAAAAAUAAAAUAUCCAAUUGUAGACAAGGAAAUCUUAGCUUUGGAGGUAAGAGAAAUUACAAGCCAAAUGGCCUCCAAGCUGAUCAUAGUCUAAGAAUAUAACCUACAUACCCAGAAGCACCAUAAACUCCAAUUCUUCAGCCCCUAUCACCCAUCCAAAAACCUCCCACAAAUAAAUCCCCCCUCUUUUGCCC